AUGGGAGCCAGCUGGGAGUUACUUGCAUUUGUAUUCCGGACUCUACAGACACGACACCAGGACAACGAGCCCUUUGCUACUGCUCACACACUUCUAUAUCUUUUGGCACCUUUAUGGAUCAAUGCUUUCAUCUACAUGACCCUAGGCCGCCUCAUCCACUUCUUCAUCCCCGAGCGACGCCUUGGAGGAAUCUCUGCCAAACGAUAUGGAUUCAUAUUCGUGUGGCUGGACAUUCUCGCCUUUAUCGUCCAGCUCGUAGGUGCCAGCAUCACCACACAGCACGACGCCCCCACCAGCACCACCAUGCUCGGUAUCCACAUCUACAUGGGCGGUAUCGGACUCCAAGAACUGUUCGUGCUGAUAUUUGGCGUUCUGGCAAUCCAUCUCCACCGUCGGAUGGUACAAAUGGAGAACUAUGGGGGAUUGGACUACGAAAAGACCACCCGUGGCUCAGUUUCCUGGCGCUGGCUGUUCUGGGCGCUAUAUGCCUCUUUGACUCUCAUCACCAUCCGAAUCAUCUUCCGACUAUGCCAGUACGCGCGAGGCACGGAUCCGACGAACCCCAUUCUGACUCAGGAGGCAUACGAAUAUGUCCUCGACGCGGCGCCGAUGUUCCUCGCUCUACUCAUUCUGAACGUCAUUCAUCCUGGUCGAGUGUUGCAAGGCCCUGACUCGGAAUUUCCCAAGAUCAGCAGGCAGGAGAAAAAGCGGAUCAAGCAGGAGAAGAAAGAAGCAAAGAAAGCUGAGAAAGAGCGCAAGAAGCAUGGUAAGAACAAGGAAGGACCUUUCGAGUCGCUUUCAAUCCAGGAGGGGAGUCACAUUUACGAUUCCAGGGUCUAG